AACCGGCGGGGCGGCGCCGGUUCCGGGCACCACAAGAAUGGGUCUUACGAUAUCGAAAGGAAAAAUCCCCCUCCCCAUAUCGAAAACGAAAUUCGUGAUGCUGUAUUUGAGGUCACAAAUCGACUUGUCAUGCUAGAAGGCCAAGAGCCGCAGUCGUGGCCUCGUUUGCAGGCAAUUUGUCAUGCUGUUUCCCGCUCUCAGCUGCCUCCUAUCAUGCUGAAGAUGCAAGGCUUGACCACGGCACCCAGCACUACAGUCCGCAUCUUUUCCCAUGUAGCAUGACAAAGCUGAUUUGUGACAACAAAUCUGCAUCACAGAUUUCCGUUUUGAUAUGGGGAGGGGGGAUUUUUCCUUUUGAUAUACGAGCAGCAGUGGCACCAGCGGCAGAUGGAACGGAAGCAACAAAUGUAUGGAUUGCAAAGAUGUCUGGGUCUGGAAGGUUGGAACUUGUCAUGCUAAAUCUGAAUCAUGCAAAAAUCUGUGUUGCAUGAUUUGCAAAUGCUGUCCACUUUUGAUCAAGUUGAGAGGCACUCUCUCAUGCAGGAUAGGCAUGAUAGUGAUCUCACGGAAUCUGUCAUGCUAGGUCCUCCAUUACAGAUUAUAUGGGUCAUGGAAAACCUGCAUGACAAGUCUAGCAAAGUUCCAGACUCAGACAUUUUUACACUUGAUAAAAUGUACAAUUCUACAACUUCUAGCCACCACCAGUCCAGCCCCUCCAGUGUGAGCAACAGCAAUAAACACGGCGGGAGUGGCAAGAACUGGAGCAAGCGUCAGGAGCAGCAGUACCACCAGCACCAAAACGCGGCCUACCAGCAGGUACAGCAGCAGGCGUUGGCUGCCGCAGCAGCGGCGGCCUACCAGGCGGGCAUGCAGCAACAGCAGAUGAUGAAUACUGCGGCGGCGGCCCAGGCCGCGGCGGCCAGCUAUAACCCUAUGGCAGGAAUUACCGCAAUGGGAAAUAACCCCUACGGUCCGGCGGGGUUGGCCGCGGGAGGGCAUCAUCCGCAGUUCGGUCCUGUGGGAACAGCAGCGUACCACCCGGCGUACACGACACCUGCAGGUGCUGCAGGUGCGGCAGGCCACUAUGUUAAUCCAGCAGCCGCCAGUCCGGUCUACCCCGCGCUGCCACCGACGUUUCCGCCGCCCGCAUUGGACUACAGUGCUGGGGUGCAGCAUGACAUGACGCCGCCGGCCACACCUGCGGCGCUGAAAAACAAAACCGCGGGGGCCGCUGCUGUUGCAACUGGCGGUCCACCGGGACUGUAAGUUCUAUCGAUUGUCGGAGAUGGAAGAUCAACGGAGAUUUGUUGACAAUAUUCGAGCUUUCUCGGACAGUAGGGAGUUUUGCUCAUGACCUUUGAUAGCAAUACCAAAAGAAAAAUCGGAUCUUUGCCGAUUUUUCGGGGGAAGGUGGAUACAAGAAGACGGAACUGCUUACUUUCAAAGCAAUAAUAGCGAGCUUUAAAUAACGAUAAUGGAUUUACUGGAAAUAAAAAUCGAGGUCAAUUUGACCUUAUCGCGGUAGAUGUUGAAGCGAUGAAUUAUCAGAUUUGCUGAUCGCCCACGAGAGCAGCGCGCUUUUUUUUACAUUUGACUCUAGUAUCUAUCUAAGCAGAUCCAUGCCAUGCAAACCUUGGACAUCACCUCCUCCACGCGAAGGAAAAACAAAACUAUGCGAAGAACUGGAACUGCUUUUUAUCCCUACAAAAUGAUACGCCAAUUC